CCGCCGCCGCAGGUCGACGCGAGAAGCGCCACCAACGCCCAGCAGGACCACGAGCUAGCACAUAGUGUAUUACUCGCGGGCAUAUGUGUGGUUUGCAAUGGAGUUCCCAGUCUGCUUUUCACGUGACAGUGAUUUUAUUCGUCGCAGGGCUAGGUCUCGGAGAAGGAUCAAAAGAAAACCUGUCGAACCCCGAUGAAGUAUUGAAAAGCGAGUUGGAUCACUUAUACGGGGAGUUCGAGCAGCUCUGGAGUGAUUUUAAUUUUGAAGAAACCGCCCACGGAAGCACAAUAGAUUUAGAACGUCAAAUCUACGGAGACUCCAACACAACCUCAGACAGUGAUCUCAAAACAGAAAUUCCUGCAGUUGCGGACAUCCCCGUCAGGAUACCGAGAGGAAGCCCACCGAAUAUUUUCCGGAGAAAGAAGGUCCCUAAACGCUGCAUGGGGACAGGCGCUGCUUCUGUGUUCUCGGGAGGCAACGCUCUCAAUUAUAUGAGCUUCUUGGUCACCGUCAGCACCCUCAUCCUUAAUAUCAAUAAUAAUAUAAACAAUAACAAUAACAACAACAACAACAAUAACAAUAAUAAUGUUGAUAACAGUAAUGUCAACACAAAUGUCAACGCUAACAAUGCAAAUCAGAUCAACAUCAUGCCCCCCGGUCGACGCAAGCGACAGACCCGGGCGAAGAACGUAGCUACGUGGGUGAUGACGUCACAGGCUAUGUGUCCGGCUCCUCCAAGUGACGGUUUGGUAGAUGCCGUGAACUUACUGGAGAAGGCGCUGGCGGGAAAAUUCAAGAAUCUCGCGAUACAGUAAUACUGUCUUCAUCAUAUGUGUGUUUUCGCCCGUGGGUUUGAUACCAAGGAAUUCCGUUCCUACAAAUUAUUUCCCUCUUUUUCAUUUCGUUAUA